AUGGAGCAUAGAAUGGGGAAGGAAAGAAGAAACAAUGGCAGAAGAUCAGGCUGGAAGAUUAAGUGGGCUUUCAUUGUGGUCUUUUUCAUCUACAUAUUAACCUUUGCAGGCAAUGGACUCAUUAUUGCCAUUGCCUGGGCUGAGCCCGGGCUACAAAUUCCAAUGUACUUCUCUCUUUGCAACUUGUCCUUCCUAGAGAACUGGUACACUGCCACAGUUAUCCCUAAACUGCUAGAAACUUCUGUGGUAGCAAAAAAAAAAAAAAAAAAAGCUGUCUGCACCCACUGAUGCCUGCUGCAGGCCUUCCACUUCUUUCUGGGCACCACUGAGAUCAUCUUCACUGUCAUGUCUUUUGACAUCUGCAAGCCCCUUCACUACCAAACCAUCAUGGCCAGCAACCUCUGCCUGCAACUGGCCCUUAGCUCCUGGGUGGUGGGCUUCACCAUUGUCUUUUGUUAGAUGAUGCUGCUGAUCCAGUUGCCAUUCUGUGGCAACAACGUCAUCAGUCAUUUCUACUGUGACAUUGGUCCCAUCCUGAAAGCAGCCCAUGCAGACCCAAGCAUUUUGGAACUCCUUGGUCUCUUGGCAGCCAUUGUGGUGAUCCCAGGGUCACUCCUCCUCACUAUGAUUUCUUAUAUCUAUAUCCUGUCUGCCAUCCAAUUGGUUCCUUCAGCCCCUGGCUGCCAGGCUUUCUCUAUCUGUGUGGCUCACCUGACAGUUGUCUCCUUAUUUCAUGGAGCUGUUUUGUUCAUGUAUCUGAGACCCACAGCACACUCUUCCUUUAAGAUUAACAAGGUGGUGUCAGUGUUAAAUACUAUCCUUAUUCUAAAUCCCUUUAUUUAUACAACUAGAAACUAGGAGGUGAAAGGAGCUGUAAGGAAGGCAAUAACUUUUCCAAAGACUUGUCAUGCAGAGUAA